UUUCACACGCAGUUCUUCUUCAGCUGAUCUCUUUCCGCUCCAAGUCAAAAUGUUUGUCUUCACAAUAUUUUCAGCCACCACCUGGACUUUACUGGCUCUCUUUUUCGCCUUGUUAUUACUGUACGGCAUUUGGCCAUAUAAGUUUUUUAAAAAGCUGGGAAUCCAAGGACCAAGACCUCUGCCUUUUUUUGGAACACUGAUGCACUUCAGAAAGGGAUUGAUUAGUUUUGACCGUGAGUGCCAGGCCAAGUAUGGAGAUGUGUGGGGGUUGUUUGAUGGACGAUUACCAGUUUUAAUGGUGUCAGACCCUGAGAUUAUUAAAACUGUGAUGCUGAAGGAGUGCUACACUGUUUUUACCAACCGCAGGGAAAACGUGGUGGAUUCAGGACCUAUGGCUGACGCAAUUACAGAAGUUAAAGAUGAAAGAUGGAAAAGAAUUCGGAGCACUAUAUCACCGUGCUUCACCAGUGGAAGACUGAAACAGGCGUUUCCCAUUGUGUCUCGCUAUGCGGACAAACUCAUUGAAAGUCUUGGAAAAAGAAAUCUGGAUGAACCUGUCGAUGUCAAAGAAUUCAUGGCACCUUACAGUUUGGACACUAUCACCAGUGUGUCCUUCAGUGUUGAAGCCGACUCCGUCAACAAUCCACAUGACCCCCUUAUUGUUCAUCUCAAGAAGAUUAUGAAAUUUGGUUUCUUCGCUAUAUUGGUGUUUUUAUUUGCAAUGACAUUUCCCUUUGGUUCCCGUCUGUUAAAGCUCCUAAAAAUUAAAAUGAUGCCCAGAAAGAGCUUGGAUUUUUUCUACGACCUCAUUAAGAGAAUUAAAGACCAGCAUGAAGCAGAUGAAUCUAGUCGAGGAGACUUCCUGCAUGUGAUGCUUCAGAGCGAGAUACCAGAGUCAGAGAUAAAGAACGAACAAGAACAGCCGAGUAAAGGUUUGACUGAACACGAGAUCCUUUCCCAAGCCUUCAUUUUCAUCUUUGGCGGCUACGAGACCACCAGCGCCUCUCUCAAUUACCUCCUUUAUAACCUGGCAACCAAUCCUGAUGCGUUGCAGAUCUUGCAUGAAGAAAUUGAUGCCAGCCUACCGAGAAACGCUCCUGUUUCAUAUGAGGAUCUAGCCGGUCUACAGUACCUGGAUCAGGUUCUUAAUGAGUCACAGCGUUUGAUUCCCACUGCUCCUCGGCUCGAGAGGAUGUGCAAGAAGACUGUCCAGAUCCACGGCAUCACCAUCCCUGAAGGAACCAUGGUUGGGAUUCCUACGGGCCUGUUACACAAGGACCCACGCUUUUGGAGUUCACCUGAGCUUUUCAGACCUGAGAGGUUCAGUAAGGACAGCGGGGAGGAAGUGAACCCGUACGUGUUCAUGCCGUUUGGGGUUGGCCCUCGUAACUGCGUUGGGAUGCGCUACGCUCUCCUCGUCAUGAAGAUGGUCAUAGUCCGUCUGCUGCAGCGUUACACUUUGGAAACAUGCAAAGACACUGUGAUUCCUCUGGAGCUUGACUGGAAGUUUCAGCCCUUGAAACCAGUCAAACUGAAGUUUGUUCCCAGAGAGCAGGAAAGGAAAGAUCUCUGAAUAUAAUCUGCUUAUGGAUUCCUGUCAUUUGCAUCUGUUGUUUUUAACACGAUGAACAGCGUGACAUGUAAAGUUCAUACACUGAAAACCAUUUUCACCUUCAGCAUCUAACUUUUCUUGCAGUGUUGAUUAAUUGUAUGUAUUUUAUUCACCUUUCUGCUCUUCUGUAAAUUAUCUUCAAUGUUUGAAUUUAUUUUUAAUGUUUAUAAAAACAAACAUCUUUCUUAUUGAUUCACAGCGAGAAUCUUUUAUACCAAAAUGAUAUAAUAUGUUGAUGAUAAUAAACUGAUCAAAA